GGACUUUUAAAACAUCUACUUUUCGAAACAAGCAAGACAAUUGAGUGAAAUAAGGGAAUGAUACCAUACAAUAACUCAUAUUCGUCAACUAUUGUUUAUUCAUAAAUCACCUCAUCCACUUUAGAAAUUACGGCAGUAGUCUUCAUCGCACAAGAUCUCCUCCACUUAGUAUCGGGUGGAGCCUUUUGUCGAGUCACACCAUAGCAUACUUGACCGAGCUUUUGUCUACGACAUAAAAUCAGACAACACAGCAUUAUUCCUUACCUACGAAAAGAUCCAUAAAGGAAGACUCAUCCUUCAAAUUUUGGAAAUUUCACUUCCUCAAUCAAUUCGAUCCUCAUCAACCAUUCCCAAUUCCUUCUACACAGUCUAGUACUAUCAAGCAAUUAACAUACAAAAUGUCUUUCGAUAUGGAAUGGUCUCCAGAUUUCUGCCUCGCCUGUGACAGGCAAACAGAUGGCAGUGUUUACUGUUCAGAAGCUUGCCGUUUGGCAGAAUACGAAAAGGCUUCCUCAAGCGAUAGCUCAGCACCAUCCUCACCAUCGUCACUCCACGGAGCUGCUUGGCCUUCAAAGUCGAAUGGCUUCUACAUGGAGCCAGCAUACAAUUUCAGCAACGCACAACCAUACGGCACAACCCCCUCUAGUACUACAUCCUUCUACCAACCUUCGAGAUCAUCUCCAGUUACAAAGUCUACCUUGACUCCUUCGAGCUCGCAAUCUAGUCUUUUCUCCAUGCAAAGCACUUCCUCCACCUCCUCAGAACCAGCACAAUUAUCGGCUGAAUCAAAACGGGCAUUGAGGGCGUAUGCUAGCUCAUUCGAUCAAUCUCGCAACAACAGACGACAAUCUGGCAGCCAUUAAAUAACUACUUCCUAAACUUUACUACGAUAUCAUCUCAACUUCAGGCAUUUAUUGGCGUUAUUUCAGACCGCACAAAUUUUCUCUCAUCAUGAUACAAAUACCCAUAUCUCAUCUCUAAAAUCCUUACAACGGAGUCGGCGUUUUCUCACAAUAUACGAUCUAAAUCGGUUGUUGUAUAAAAGUGUUAUCAUUUGGGCAUUCGGAUCACAUCAUACAUUCACACAAUUCACAUCUCUCAUCAAUCGUCGGCAUUUAAAAAAUUUCCUUGGGUUCAGUCUUUGUUCAACAUUUGCAUCGGAGCAUUCAGGAUAGCGAGGAGUGGAGUCUCAUAUCCUUAUUAUCAUCUCGGCACUACACUUUUUUUUUUCUAAUACAUCAUGGGCAUAAGGAAGAUACGGGACGGAUAUAAGACGUCAUUUCAGACUAUGGGAAAGCAUGGGAGCAAUGGGAUAGGCAGCGUUGGAGCAAUUCAAUUUCAUUUGUUGGAAAGGAAGGAAUGAUUCACUUUAUGGUGAAGGGGCGCCUUUUUUUUCUCGAUUGUUUCUCGCUUGAUCAGCAAAUUUAUCUCCUGCUAGCGAUAGUUUGGAUUGGAAGGAGAAUAUACUACAUGGUAUGAAUGGAUGGAUCACUCUGGUCAUGUCAUUGCUUCUGAAGAAUGAAGUAAAAUGGCUUGUCUUAUUAGUAUGAUAGUCAAGAAAAAGAAUAACAAGAAUCCUUCAGUUCGUUCACAAGAUGACGGACUUGACA